AUGCUGCUGAAAUACUUUCACAUUUACGGGCUAGCCUGUGGACUCGUACCCGCUCCACUCGACAAGUUCUCCAAGUUCUCCAAGGCUUCUAGGACCUACCUCAUUUACACCGCCUGUUUUCAAGGUCUGCUCCUGGUCCUCCUGCCGUUUACCUUUCCCAGAUAUAUGUACGACGCCAGCUACAUGAGACGGAAUCUGGUCCUCCAGUGGGCCUUCAGUCUCACCAACAUCACGAGGAUAAUAGCUAUGCUGACUGGUUUUUUCCUGACUUGGGGAAAGAGAACGAAGCUAAUAGCUUUGGAGAAGGCGUUGCUAGCCCACUGCCUGGAAUGCAGGGACUUGGAAGACGAUUCUACUGGCUUCCUCAAGCUGAGGCAGAGAAUUCAUGGCCUGCUGCGUCAGCAAUUUUUCCUCCUGAAUGUCCACGUUGUGGUUGCUGCACUGCUGCUCACACGCAUAGAUAAGGAUCAGGAAUUCAGCUACCACCUGAUGAUACUGGUCCACGUCCUGCAGUUUGCCUACAUAGUCAUUAUGACGGCGAGCCUGUAUGUGAUUCAUUCGCUGCUCCUCUGGCAGCAGGAGCGGGUAAACUUGGCUCUCCAGGAUCUCUGCUCUGCACUGAACCACGAGGAGCGAAACUCUCUGGUCCUAUCUAGAACCAUAGCCACAGAAUCAUUGCAGGUCAUGCGCCAUCUGUUCCAGUUGCAUUCGGAAAACCGCAGACUCUUGCGUGAGAUUUUCAAAGAGCUGGACGUUCCCAUUGCCAUGUUGCUCCUGAAGAUGUUUGUGACCAACGUGAAUCUGGUCUACCAUGGUGUCCAAUUUGGAAAUCACUCCAUAGAAACCACUAUUUUUACCAGAAUCUUGGGCCAACUGGUCGUGAUUUCCCACUACUGGAGUGCCAUACUGCUGAUGAACAUUCUGGACGACCUCACCCAAACCAGUGGCCCCAAAACGGGCCACAUUUUGAAGCAGUUUAGUCACCUAGAGCUGGUCAAACGAGAUUUCCAAUUGCAGUUGGAACUCUUUUCGGACCAUUUGCGUUGCCACCCGGCCACUUACAAGGUCUGUGGCCUGUUUGUGCUCAGCAAGCAGACUAGUCUGGUAUACUUUUUCUUUGUUUUGGUGCAGGUUUUGGUUUUGAUACAAUUCGAUAUGAAGGAUAAGUAAAGAAACUGAGUGAAAAUGAAUUAAGAAAAUAAAUACCAAAAUUGA